AAUGUUCAUGGAAUUAAGCCAUUGGAGUCAUUUGGCUUUAGCUUCCUCAUUAGAUUCUUCAUGUCCCUGGCUUCAGUCUUUGCAUAUAAACACAUUUGUUAUUCUUAAUCACUUCCUUUUAUCAAUCCCUUACUAGAGCAUACUGCUUAAUCUUUGAAAAUCCACAUUUGUAUUUUACAAAAAUGGAAAAUUCAGACUUCUGCUGUGUGUGACACACCAUUAACGGCACAAAGACACUCUGUAUCUGCUAUGUUAGUAUUUACUGAUGUGUUAAUGUAAUAAUGACCCAUCUGCUUCUGCUGUCUGUGAGGUACUUUCUAUCUAUAGGGAUGGAAAUUAAUGACAGUCUCUCUGAGAUGCCUGAUGUCAGAGCUGGGAAAGGUGUGAAGCAUAUAUAAGAGCUGGAUUACUCAUUGGCAAGUGGGGGACAAAUACUCUAGUGGAUGCAAGCUUGGGAUUGUUCAUGAAGCUUUCUUACCAUUAGAGACAUUCUCUGAUUUUGCUGACACUGAAACAUUAAAAGAAAAUUUGAGAAGCAAUGUGCCUCCUGAAGCUGCCGGUAGUUCUCAUUGUAAUCUCAGUUGCAUUAAACCAUAUGAAAGCUACUCCUAUUAAAAGUCACCAGAUGGAAAAGCGGAAAUGCAACACUGCCACAUGUGCAACUCAACGUUUGGCAAAUUUCUUAGUUCGUUCCAGCAACAAUCUUGGUGCCAUUCUCUCGCCUACCAAUGUGGGAUCCAAUACAUAUGGCAAGAGGAGCACAGCUGAGAUUUUAAACAGGAGACCAUUGAAUUACUUACCCCUUUAGAGGUCAAUGUAUCUCUACAGUUCUUAUUGUUUCAUGUAUAAAUAUCCUAGUGACUUCCCGUGUAAUUUAACAUUAGCAUGAACAUGAGUUUUUAUGUCCCAUGUUUAUUGCCAGUACAUAUAAAUUGUCAUGGUAAGAAUUGUCUUAAAUUUAAUGCUAAUUAAGAUCCCAUAAUAAAAAAGUCAAUGUCUUUAAAAUGAAGGGUUCUUGCUAUCAAUUUUUAUUUUAAAAACAUAUUAAAAAGUCAUUCUUUUGCCUGUAUCUUUAUGACCUGAGUUUGAGAACAAAGGAGAAAAU